AUGACUGAUAAAUGUCCUCCAUUGUGUUUUCCUACAGAAAGGAAAGAAAUGGGGCUAUUUGAGCAAAUUACCAAGACCCAUGGGACCAUCAUUGGCAUCACCUCUGGGAUUGUCCUGGUUCUCCUUAUAAUUUCCAUCUUGGUGCAAGUUAAGCAGCCUCGAAAGAAAAUCAUGGCCAGGAAGACCACCUUCAACAAGACCGGCUUCCAGGAGGUGUUUGACCCCCCACACUACGAACUCUUCUCCCUCAGGGACAAAGAGAUUUCUGCAGACUUGGCCGACCUAUCCGAAGAACUGGAAAACUACCAAAAGACGAGGCGUUCAUCUACCACCUCCCGCUGUAUCCACGACCAUCACUGUGGCUCCCAAACUGCCACCCUGAAACAGAGCAGGACCAACCUAAGCUCUAUGGAGCUUCCGUUCCGCAACGACUUUGCCCAACCGCAGCCGAUGAAAACCUUUAACAGUACAUUCAAGAAAAGCACCUAUGCUUUCAAGCAGUCCCACGACUGCGCAGAUAAAGGCAUAGAAGACCGCGUCAUGGAGGAAAUCCCUUGCGAAAUUUACGUCCGUGGCCGAGAAGAUUGCGCUCAGGGAUCGAUGUCUAUUGACUUUUAAUUGCCUCACAGAUUAAAAAAAUAAAAUAAAUUCAGAAUUCCUUCUACUAAAGCGAUAUAUAUAUUUUUGAGACAAUCCGCAAUAAUCAUUGCGUUUUCUAAAAGGCAACAAUAAGGAGGCUCCAAACAAUCCAGACAAAAUUGUACAUUAAAGCUCUCUAUUUUUUGAGCGAGAAUUUAAAGAAAAAAAACAAAAAAACUGAGCAUUUUGCAUGGCAUCGGUUCUCUGUGUUAAUAGGAUUUUCCAUAAACUGCACCCACCAUGAUGGGUGGGGGAGGG